AUGGAUACUGGUUUUUCAGCGGAUGCCUAUUUUGUCGAAGACGGCCGGCUACUUCGCCCGGUCUUCGGCACUGUAGCUAAUGUGCUGCGACACCGCGGUGUCCUCACGUUCGCUUCUACUGCCUUCCUCUUUCACCAGUUGGCCAGUCAGCAGUCGUACCAUUGGCUCGAACAGGAGCGUGGCGCUCGUUCGGUGUUCGCCAUCGUCGAUUUCAGCCAUUUUCUCAUUGGUGGUUUUCGGUCGACACGCGCUCACAUGAUGAACAUAGAAAAGAAGGCGCAGCAACCGGCUCAUGAUGCCGUCAAACGGCAAGCAAGCGAUUAUGACGCGUACAGCAAGAAAAUCAGGGAGAUGGAGAAAGAUGACAAGCCAGCAUUUCGUAAUAGUAAGGGGGACGACAACACGAAUGUGCACGUGUUAGCAAAGAACGAAUACUGGGAAUACCCUAUGUCCUAA